UUUGAGUAGAAGAAGAGUCAGGAGGCGAGACUCACACAAAGACCUACAUGCCUUGUACCUGAUGUUGUUGUGGAUUAUUUUGUGUUCGGUUAACCGCGGCUCGGCCUGAGGAACAUUUACGUUUAUUGAGGUUUUUAUAAAAGUGAGCUGUAAGAUUUUUAGCUAAAAUGUUGAGCGUGGAUUCGCUGCAAGUCGCCGAGGAGGAGGUGGUCGAGUCCAGCUCCAACAAACUCGGUGACAUUUACACUUAUGUUGCCAAAGGCUGUUUUCCUCAGAGCAUGAAUUCUUUACGGAAGAAGAACCUCCGAAGAUACGCAGAGAAAUUCGUGAUUGACGACGGCACGAUGUACUAUGUGGGACCCAAGAAAGAGGAGAAGAGGGAGGUGGUGAUCGAGGCUGAGAGGAAGAGGCAGAUUUUCCUCGACUGCCACUUCAAUGACAUCGGCAAUCACCUGGGCCAGAAGAAGACCGUUCACAGGAUCCAGAGCAAGUACUACUGGCUCGGCAUCGUCAAUGACGUGGUGGACUGGAUCAAAGUGUGCGAGACGUGUCAGCACAUGGAGAGGAAUAAAAACAUGUCGAGAACCGUGCGGCCCAUAAAAGUGGACGCACCGUGGGACGUUGUCGGGAUCGACAUCAUGGGUCCUUUUCCUGAGACGCGGCAGGGCAACACGUAUGUCGUCGUCCUCAUCGAUUACUUCAGCAAAUGGCCCGAAGUGUUUCCGAUACAAAAGGCCGACGGCCUCUCUAUUGCAAGAUGCGUCUCCAAGUGUAUUUACAGGUUCGGUGCCCCGAAAACUAUCGUGUGCUCGCAGAACUCUGACUUCUGCGAUGAGGUGACGAAGCAGCUGGCCGACAGAUGGAACGUCGUGCAGAAGGUCUCUCCCGUGGAUCAGCCUCACCUCAACCCGCUCCACGACUGCACGAGUACGACGCUGAGGGAAGCUGUGGUGCAGAUGGUGACGGAGAAGCAGAGCGAGUGGGACGACUUCCUCGACCCCGUGCUGUUUUUGUUCCGCACGUCCACCAACCCCAUGACCAAGUUCACGCCUUACUCCCUCAUGUUCAACAGGAAAGCAAACUUACCCAACGAGAUGUUACUGAGCCCGGUGAAUUAUGAAGAACUAGAGCAGGAUAUGUGUUCCACAAAGGAGGAGGCGUCCACAUAUUUGGCAAUAAUGCAGGCGCAGCAAAACUGUGUCAAACAGCUGGUUUUAACCAACAUGAACGCAGCCUAUAAACAAGAGAAGAAGAAGAAGAAAAAGGCCAAGACCACGACGUCCAACGCGUCCUCAAUGACUUUUAAAAUUGAGGAUCCUCUGUUCGACGAGGGAGACUCGCCCUCGCCGAAGAAAGUCAAGAGUGAGAGUUUAUAUUUGUCUUUCCCCGUGGACACGGUGCUGUCCACCGAGCAGAGCGGCUCAGACGACAUCAAGACGGAGCCGGUGUAUCACCUGACCGAGUCUGACGCACACUGAGCUUCAGACGGAGACGGAAGACGAGAGAGACACACAGACGGAGCAUGACCACGUCACAGUGAUGCUGUUUGAACAUCUUGGACAGAAGACGCUGGAAAUCCAGUAAAAAGACGAACCUCGGACACAGAAUUCACUGACUCAAGCAAAACUCUCAUUGUUUCUCAUAAAAACGUUCUUAACUUAUUCAUUUUCACUUUGUCAUAAAACACAUUUAUUGAGCUGCAAUAUGUAGAAAUAAAAGGUAUUGUUUCACGUGUGAA